UGAAGGUCAGGUUUAUCUUUAAAAAACUAGCUAGUACGUAUCUAUUAAUAUUUGUUAGGCAAAAUUAUCAAUUUGUUACCAAAAUGGUGGUAGUACGCAAAUCUUUGUUGAUAUUUGUUAUUGUGACGGUAAUGAUCCAGAAAAAUGCAAUGGCGGCUCAACACGUUGUUGGUGGAAGCCAAGGAUGGGAUGAAUCCGCUGAUUUCAAAUCCUGGGCUUCUGGUCAGACAUUCAAAGUUGGAGAUACACUAGUAUUUAGGUACAAUCCAGGCCUUCACAGUGUUGUAGAACUUGAGGGUGAUAGCUCAUACAAGAGUUGUGAUAUAAGUAGUACAGUGAACUCGAUGAGUGCGGGUAACGAUGUGGUCAAACUAAACAAGCCAGGGACUAGAUACUUUGCUUGUGGAACAGCAGGUCAUUGUGACCAGGGCAUGAAGCUUAAGAUUAAAACUGUUACUGGAAGUGCACCUUCUAAUCAGGCAGAUUCUUCCACGCCUAGCUCUUCUUCUGCAGCUUCUCAUUGUUUUUCUACCACGUUUUUCACUUUCAUUGCUGCAAUUUUGACUGUACAAAUGGCCCUAGUGUUCCUGUUAUAAGACACAUUUUUGCUUUAUUCAUUCAAUGUUUUGCACUUGAUGAGGUAGAGUAGCUGGUAUUUAAUUAUAUGGAGUGGAGCACUAUGUUAAUUUUGUCAAUUAAGUUGUUCAUUUGAUGUAUUGUAAUUCUUUUACUUCAAAUUUUAUGAAGAGUUUGAAUAAUGUCGUUCAUUCA